CGCCAUCUGAUUCAUUCGCCCUAGCUGGCCACUGAGUAACGUUCUCGUCGGCGGAUCCCACCGGGGGUCCGGUGCGGCAAGGGAAGCGAUAAAUAGCGGGAGUCCUCCCGGGCGAUCUCAUCCCGAUUAGAAGACUCGUUCUUGUUGCGGCCUCGUCCUGCUCUCUCUCCGGGUCCGAUGAUCGCCGUCCGUCGAGAGAUCGGACGGUUCCCGACUUCGGAGAGGGUUUUGAAUUAGUGUCCUGGGGGCUUCUUCUUCGGCACGGUGUUGACAUAGGCGGAGGAGUCUUCUUCAAUCAACCUGCUCUGGUUCGUGGAGGACCCUAACCAUCGUGCUGAUCGGUGUAUAGGUAAGAGAAAUGGAUCGGUUGAGGGCCGGGAGCCCCGUUUACGCGCGGCAGCGGAGCGGUUCGAGCAGCACGGGAUCUUCCUCCCCGGCCAUGUCGCCGGCGCAUCACCACGUUCGCACCGGCUCGACCGGGUUAUCGAACAUCAAGAAGACGCAGAACGUUGCGGCGAAGGCCGCGGCGCAGCGGCUCGCUCAGGUCAUGGCGUCGCAGACGACCGACGAUGAUGAUGAGGAGGACGAUCUGCCUUUCCGAUACAAUGCGACAUCGUUCGCCCCCUCCGUCGGCGGCAGUAUUACCGACAGGAGAAAAGUGCCUGCUAGAUCUCCGUCUCCUGCGUUAGGUCGGAACUAUGCAGAGCAGGCUUCUUCUGUUCGUUCGACAUCGGCUGGUCGGCCUGCAGUAUCUACCCGUCCGACAACAACUAUAGUACCACCCACUAGGUCCACUCUUAGGAUGCCAUCUGUAUUGCCACCAUUAGAUCCUCCGGCUGACAGGAGAAAAGACAUGAGAUUUAGGGGUGAUACUGGAAAUGCUAGUUCCCGAGAUAUAGGAAAUCAACGUGAGGCUUCUGCCCUUCAGGAUGAGCUUGAUAUGCUUCAGGAAGAGAAUGAAAACAUUCUUGAUAAGCUUCGGCUUGCAGAAGAGAGAUGCCAAGACGCGGAAGCCAGAGCUAGGGAGCUUGAGAAACAGGUUGCUGCCCUGGGAGAAGGUGUGUCCCUGGAGGCUAGGUUGCUGAGCAGGAAAGAGGCUGCAUUACGACAAAGAGAGGCUGCGCUUAAAGCUGCCAAACAAACUAAGGAUGUAAGAGAUGAAGAAAUCAUGGCUCUUCGGUUGGAUGUUGAGAGUGCAAGAGAGGAGGCCACAACUGCUGCAGCACAACUCCGGGAAGCAGAAACAGAGGCAAAAUCUCUCCGUAUCAUGACUCAGAGAAUGGUUCUAACUGAGGAAGAGAUGGAAGAGGUUGUUCUUAAGCGAUGCUGGCUUGCUCGCUAUUGGAGUUUGGCUGUUAAACAUGGUAUUCAUGCAGAUAUUGCAGGUCCAAAGCAUGAACAUUGGUCUUCACUAGCUCCUCUUCCUCUUGAGGUUGUCCUUUCUGCUGGACAAAAGGCCAAAGAAGAUUCUUGGAAUCGAGCUUCUGAUGAUCCAGAGAGAAGAGCCAAGCUAGCACAAGAUUUGAAUGACCUAACUGGAGAAGGAAAUAUUGAGAGCAUGCUUUUGGUUGAAAAGGGCUUACGGGAGCUAGCUUCUUUGAAGGUAGAGGAUGCUAUCAUGGUUGCACUUGCUCAUCAUAGGAGACCGAACUUGGCUAGGAUGACUGGUUUUUCAGAUGCCAAAUCCCCCGGCGAACCAAAGUAUAUGGAGGCAUUCGAACUGAGCCCGGAAGAAGCUGAGGAUGUCCUUUUCAAACAGGCAUGGCUUACAUACUUUUGGAGGAGGGCAAAAGCCCAUAGUGUAGAGGAAGAUAUUGCAGAAGAAAGGUUGCGAUUCUGGAUUAAUCGAAGUGGACAGACACCAACCUCACAUGAUUCUGUGGAUGUUGAACGUGGUUUGAUAGAGCUGAGGAAGCUUGGUAUUGAAACACAACUGUGGGAGGCAUCUCGCAAGGAGAUUGAUCAAACUUCAGCUGCUGCCAAAGCCGGUGUCGAUUCUGAAGUUGCUGCUUGACUCAAGUCUUCCUUUGGCCGAUAUGACAUCUGAUUUGGCCAGCAUGUUUCCGUAGAAUCCUGCUCAUCCGUCUGUUGAUAGAAGUAUCUCUUGGGCAAUCUUAUGUUGGGCAAAGUUUCAGGUGUUGAGUGAUGAAUGGGAUGCCCCCCGCAUUAGUAUUUUGGUUAUCUUGGAGAAACUUCUUUCAAGGUAUGUAAUUCAUUUUCCACAUGUCCAUGUGAAUUUCCCAAUAUCUUGUCCAUGUCCAUACAUUUUUUAGUUCUGUAUUCUUCCACCUUUUGUAGCCAUCACUUUGUCAACGGUGAUGUUUCUUAAAUAUUCUGGUUGUAGAUCCCACACCCCCCUCAAAAGGAAAUGGGAGAAGGAGGAACGAACUACUGUUAGCUUUUUUAUUUCACGAUAGUAUAAUAUAAUCACUUGCAACACAUUGUUUA